AAACAAUGGUAUAUAACAGUCUUGAUCUCUACCUCUUCUAUGUCAUAAUUAACUCAUAAGUCAUAACUCACCUGAGUGAGAACAUUGUGUCGUGGCCGUGGGUAUAAAAGUUCAGAAACAUCUUGGCUUAAAAAAAAGGUUUGAUGUCAAGUAGUAUAGUAGCAUAUGAUGAUUGUGAUUUUAUUAGUUUAGGAUUUUUAAAUCAAAGCUUCGUGGGUGUGUUGUUGUUUUAGAAAUCAAAUAACCCUAGUUUUGCCGACAAGCAAUGGUACAAAAAACGGCGUCGUUAGGGGAAUUAUAGAAAUACGAAAGUGUUGUUGAAGAGUGCAAAAACCCCUAACGUAGAUUAAAACGAGAACUUUGAAGUUAGGGACUUACGUACGAGUACGACUAGAGGCGAAGAAAGACGGAGAUGGCGAAACCUAAGAGAGACGAAUUGAAUCAAAUCCUUGUUGGUUAUCACAACACCAUCAAAGAUACUCUUCAGAUGUGCGAGCAAGUUCCGUCUCUUACACAAGAAAAAUUAAGCUGGAACGAUGUCCUUGAGAUUUCUGAUCACCUCUCAAAACAAGCGACCAUAGUGGGAAUGCUAUGGACUGGAGAACAACCUCCACAAGCUGAAGCACUGAAGGAGGCUAUGGAGUCAUACUUUAACGCUCUUCAAGGAUUUUUGCUGCAUUGUCAUGGAAGCAUGGCUGGUGCUGGGACUACACUUUCUUCAUCCAUACAAGCCUCUGUGGAACAAAUUGUCGAUUCCAGCUUCAGAUUUUUGCAGGGUUCUGUCUCUCUAUACGAAGGAGCAUAUGAGAAAGGCAGGAAGCCUUCGAUUCCGCAGCUUGCAGGAGCAGUGUGGGAAGCAUGUUCUAAUUUGAAGAAGGUGCCAGCAACAAACAUCAAAGCGAUUGGAAGGGAGAUGAAACUGGUUGCUUUUUCCAUGAAAGAUGUUCUUAGGGAAAUGAAAGAACUGAAACUAGCUUGUUCUUCACCUGAGUCUGAUGAUGUUUACGCAAAUCCUGAAAGCCAAAUUCCAAACUCAGAUGAAGAUGCAGAUGAUUUAGGCGAUGACUUGUCUCCUGAAGAAUUUGAAGUUGCUGAAAUGGUAGCUGAUAUCGUGUCUGAGACACUUGUGGUUAUAAAAGAGCUUAUACGUGCUAUCACAAGCAUGAUCAAGCUGGAGAAUCCAAAGGAUAACGGUGAGUUUGUGGACUCUCUUGAGAAACUACUGAAGCUGUGUCAAGGAACCGGUGUACAGAUUGACGAGCUUGGAGCUUGCGUUUACCCACCGCAAGAGUUUGGUCUCAUGAAACUAACAGUGGAAAGAAUAAAGGCAAAUAUUAGUGAGAUUGAGGCUGAUGUUAAGGGUUUUAAGAAUUUUUCAUCAGAAGCUUUAUUGGGAACUUGCAGAAGGCUACAUAUGUCGAUUGAGCAUAUGGAAACUGAACUGGAUACAAGAACUAAAGCUGAAGUAGUUUGCAAAAUGCAAAAUGUUACUCUCUAGCACUUAUCAAAAGCUUGGA